AUGGGCAAAGAAAAUCAAUUCCGAUUCGGAAAAUACAAUAUUUUGGCAUUGUAUUUGAUUCUAUCACUGAUACGGUAUAAACUGGCUUUGGCGGAAUUAAGAUAUUCAAUUCCAGAGGAGGUGAGAGAGGGAACUGUUGUUGGGAAUGUUGCAAAGGAUCUUGGUCUGGAAAAAUCAUCUUUGUCUUAUCGACGAUUUCGUGUUGUGUCGGGCUCAAAGGAUGCUUUUUUUGACGUUAAUACAGACAACGGUUCAUUGCAAGUUCGGAAGAAAAUCGACAGAGAGGAGCAGUGUCACGGCAGCGGGGCAUGUUUGAUGGAACUGAAAAUCCUUGUGGAAAACCCUUUGGAAAUGCAUCAUAUAAUCGUGGAAAUAGCGGACGUGAAUGAUUACUCUCCAAGCUUUCCCGAAAAAGAACAACAGUUUGAAAUAGCGGAACACACUCCUCCGGGGACACGGUUUCAGCUUCUUGCAGCCCGUGAUUUCGAUGCUGGGAUUAAUUCUGUGCGAACAUACACCUUGACAUCAAAUGAUCAUUUCGAAAUAGAUCUUAGUCAAAGUGACGAAGACAAAAUCCCGUUUCUGGUGCUGAAAAAGUCCUUAGACAGAGAACGAAAGAAUAAACACUUGCUGUUCGUGACAGCAGUGGAUGGGGGUAAACCUCCAAGAUCAGGGACACUUAAUGUUUCUAUUACUGUUCUUGAUAUUAAUGAUAAUCGUCCAACAUUUAGCCAGGAUACAUAUCAAAUUCAAGUAUAUGAAAAUGUCUCGGUUGAAAAUAUUCUUACAAGAGUGACAGCAAUAGAUCCAGAUGAAGGUGUUAAUGGAGAAAUAGAAUACAGUCUUAGUAAAGCGCUGCCGCGUAAUGUUUAUGAUAUCUUUGAACUGGACAGUGUGAGUGGGCAAAUAAAAUUGAAAAAAAAGUUGGAUUAUGAGGAAUCAGAAAUUUACAAACUCGAUGUUGAAGCUUCCGACAAAGGAACGCCUCCACUAAUAGGGAGGAGUCGAGUUAUUGUAAAGAUAAAAGACGUCAAUGACAACUCACCAGAGCUAGAAGUGACAUCUUUAUCAAACACUGUCCCUGAAGAUUCAAAGCCUGGCACCGUGAUUUCUCUUAUUAGUGUGACGGAUAAAGACUCUGGAGUCAACGGAAAAAUAAUAUCACGCAUAACGAAUCAAGUACCUUUCGAACUGAAACCAUCUUACAAAGAAAACAUAUAUUCACUUGUUACAAAGGGACAUUUGGACAGAGAAGAAACGUCACUUUAUGAAAUAAUGAUACUCGCUACUGACUGUGGGGAGCCUCCAUUGUCUACUGUCAAGUCACUAAGUGUUCAGAUAAUUGAUGUUAAUGACAAUAUCCCAUAUUUUGAUCAAAACCCGUUACAGUUUUAUUUGUCAGAAAAUAAUGUUGCUGGAAAAUCAAUAUUUUCCUUGAGUGCAACAGACAAUGAUAUUAAUGAGAACGCAGCUGUUACAUAUCAAAUCGUCAAAGGAAUGACAGAAAAAGAUGUAACAGCUUUUCUAAAUGUCAAUUCAGAAAAUGGACAAAUAUCCGCACUGAAAAGUUUCGACUUUGAAACCGUUAAAAAUUUCCAGUUCCAAGUUGUAGCCACCGAUUCUGGAACUCCGUCACUCAGCAGCAACGUGACAGUCAACGUGUUCAUUCUGGAUCAGAACGACAACGCUCCAGUCAUCCUCUAUCCACUCAGCUCCAACGGCUCUGCUGAAGGUGUGGAGGAGAUUCCCCGCAACGUCAACGCAGGACACCUGGUGACUAAAGUCAGAGCCUAUGAUGCUGAUAUAGGAUAUAACGGCUGGCUGUUGUUCUCACUGCAGGAAGUCACUGACCACAGUCUCUUUGGUUUGGACCGCUACACAGGACAGAUCAGGACACUUCGUUCAUUCACAGAGACAGACGAGGCUGAACAUAAACUGGUCAUACUGGUCAAAGACAAUGGGAAUGUUUCACUGUCAGCAACAGCGACUGUGAUUGUCAAACUUGUGGAGCCCAAGGAGGCUUUUGCAGCUUCUGAUGUGAAAAGUGCAACAGCAAUAGACGAAGGGGACAACGUUACAUUUUACCUGAUGAUAACUUUGGGAGCAGUUUCUGUACUUUUCCUUGUCAGUAUCAUCGUGCUGGUCGCAAUGCAGUGCUCCAAAUCCACUGACUACACAUCUAAAUAUCUACAAGAGACCAAUUAUGAUGGGACACUGUGUCACAGCAUUCAGUACAGAUCUGGAGAUAAACGAUACAUGUUGGUUGGACCCAGAAUGAGUAUUGGAUCUACAAUUGUUCCUGGCAGUCAUGCAAACACUCUAGUUCUUCCUGAUAGGAGGAGGGUUUCUGAAGAGUUCCAAGUUGUAGCCACAGAUUCUGGAACUCCGUCACUCAGCAACAACGUGACAGUCAACGUGUUCAUUCUGGAUCAGAACGACAACGCUCCAGUCAUCCUGUAUCCACUCAGCUCCAACGGCUCUGCAGAAGGUGUGGAGGAGAUUCCCCGCAACGUCAACGCAGGACACUUGGUGACUAAAGUCAGAGCCUAUGAUGCUGAUAUAGGAUAUAACGGCUGGCUGUUGUUCUCACUGCAGGAAGUUACUGACCACAGUCUGUUUGGUUUGGACCGCUACACAGGACAGAUCAGGACACUUCGUUCAUUCACAGAGACAGACGAGGCUGAACAUAAACUGGUCAUCCUGGUCAAAGACAAUGGGAACGUUUCACUGUCAGCAACAGCGACUGUGAUUGUCAAACUUGUGGAGCCUAAAGAAGCUUUUGCAGCUUCUGAUGUGAAAAGUGCAGAAAAAUUGGAGGAGGAGGACAAUGUUACAUUUUACCUGAUGUUAACUCUGGGAGCUGUGUCUUUCCAAGUUGUAGCCACAGAUUCUGGAACUCCGUCACUCAGCAACAACGUGACAGUCAACGUGUUCAUUCUGGAUCAGAACGACAACGCUCCAGUCAUCCUGUAUCCACUCAGCUCCAACGGCUCUGCUGAAGGUGUGGAGGAGAUUCCCCGCAAUGUCAACGCAGGACACUUGGUGACUAAAGUCAGAGCCUAUGACUCUGAUAUAGGAUAUAACGGCUGGCUGUUGUUCUCCCUGCAGGAAGUCACUGACCACAGUCUCUUUAGUUUGGACCGCUACACAGGACAGAUCAGGACACUUCGUUCAUUCACAGAGACAGACGAGGCUGAACAUAAACUGGUCAUCCUGGUCAAAGACAAUGGGAAUGUUUCACUGUCAGCAACAGCGGCUGUGAUUGUCAGACUUGUGGAGCCCAAGGAGGCCUUUGCAGCUUCUGAUGCGAAAAGUGCAGCCAAAGUGGAAGAGGAGGACAAUGUUACAUUUUACCUGAUGAUAAUUUUGGGAGCUGUCUCUGUGCUUUUCAUCAUCAGCAUAAUCGUUUUAAUUGCCAUGCAGUGCUCCAAAUCCACAGACUACACUUCUAAAUAUUUACAAGAGACUAAUUAUGAUGGAACACUGUGUCACAGCAUUCAGUACAGAUCUGGAGAUAAGCGAUACAUGCUGGUUGGACCCAGAAUGAGCAUUGGAUCUACUAUAGUUCCUGGCAGCCAUACAAAUACUCUAGUUCUCCCUGAUCGCAGAAUGGCUUCUGAAGAGGUAAGACCAUGA